AUGACGACCGUGACUCUCCUGCUGCUUAUCAUUGCUUUUACAUCAGCCAGUGCCAUACAGCGAAGAAGUCAGUUCACACGUUACCGCUCAUGGAACUCACGGAUGUAUCCUGUCUGGAAGGAUGGAGACGCGAGAUUCAGAAACUGUUGGUUCGGUGGUGACGUAACCUUUGACCUUAAAAGCGAUGGACCCACUCUGACUGGAGCAAGAACAACCUUCACUAUUAAUCUAAAUUUCCCGCCAAAUCAGACGGCGUCCUCAGACGGUCAGGUGGUCUGGGCACGUAACUGCACCAUCGAUGGACAACAGUAUCAGGAGGGUCAGGCUGUGUAUCCCAACCAGGACACUGAGCAAACAGGACUCUUUCCAGACGGCACACCAUUCAGCAGGAGCCAGAACAAGAAACCUCACUAUGUGUUCGUUUGGAAGACUUGGGGGCGAUACUGGCAGGUGGCAGAUGGACCUUCCUCCUCCCUCACAAUCGGUACAGACAACGUUCCCCUGGGCUCCUACAACAUGGAGGUUGUCAUCUAUCACUGCCGCGGCAAAGACAAGUUCAUCCCUCUCGGCUACGCCUCCUCAGUCUUCUCUGUCACAGACCAGGUUCCCUUCAGCAUAUCACUUGCCCAACUCAGUGACAUAAACCAGGACGACCAGAACUUCAUCCAAAACCGAGCCAUUGCUUUCAGCAUUAAGCUCCAUGAUCCCAGCCAGUAUCUCGGCAACGCCGACAUCAGCUUCAGCUGGGACUUUGGCGACAGCAGUGGGACUCUGAUCUCCAGAGAGCAAACCGUCACACACACAUACCUCGCUGUUGGGGCCUUCAAGCCUCAGGUGGUGCUGAUGGCAACCAUCCCCGGCGACUGCGGAAACCCCACUGCUGUGGCUCCUAUUGACGCCUCUGCAGCUCCAGCAGUUAUCGUGAUAGACCCAACUCAAGCAGCACCAGCUGAGGCAGGAGAUGCAAUUGCGCUGGAUGUCCCUGCUUCUGAGGUCACCCCGCUUGCUGCUUCUGUCCAGCCAACCGACGCAGCUGCAGAUACAGUUGAUGGAGAAGCCGUUGUUGAUACAGAUGCAGAGGUUAUAGAGGUUGCCUCGGUAGCACCUGCGGUAGUUGAUGCAGCUGUUGUUCCAGCAGAAGAUCCUGCCAAUGCUGCUACAGAGGUAGAUGCUGCUGCAGAGGUAGAUGCUGCUGCAGAGGUAGAUGCUGCUGCAGAGGUAGAUGCUGCUGCAGAUGAAACAGAUGCUACAACAGGGGAGGCAGCCACCGUUGCCCCUGUUGCACCUGCAGCUGAAGAACCGGCAGAUGCAGAGACAGCUGUUGUAGAUACAGCUGCUGCAGAUACAGUGGUUGUAGAUGCCGAUACAGUGGUUGUAGAUGCCAAUACAGUGGUUGCAGAUGUCGAUACAGCUGAUGUAGAUGUCGAUACAGCUGUUGCUGAUGAAGCUGCUGCAGAUACAGAUGCUGCAACAGCUGUCACUGAAGAAAUUGUGCCUGUGAUAGAUGCUGCUGCCUCAGUUGCCCCUGUUCCAGAGGGAGAAGAAACUGCCGUUGAAGUCACUGCUGGAGUUACUGUUGCUCCUGUGGCAGAAGAAACUGUGGAGCUAGAAGCUGAAGUUGUGGCAACUGAUGCUGAAGCAGAGGUUGUCCCAGCUGAAACUGUAGCCCCUGCUGAUAACGCUGUCGCUCCCGUUGCCACUGAGGCCACAGUUGUAGAAGAAGCAGCACCAGUGGAGGCUGCAGCUGAUACUGAGGCUGAAGUACAAGAAACUGAGAAUGAAGUUGUAGCUACUGUAGCUGCUGCGGAGAUACCAGCUGUUGAGGAAGAGGCUGCUCCAGCUGAAGGUGAAGUUCCAGCUGAAGCGGAAGCAGAUCCAGCUCAAGUUGUUCUUGUUGUGGCUAAACGACAAGCACCAGAACUGGCAGCUGAUUGUAUGGUCUACCGUUAUGGCUCCCUUGCCACUUCUGUGGAUGUCGUCCAGGGUAUCGAAAGUGUAGAGAUCGUUCAGGUGUCCAAUGUUGUGUCAAUGACGACGGAGUUGGUUCAAAAUGCUGUGGACGUCACCAUCUCCUGUCAGGGAAGUCUGCCAAGUGAGGUAUGCACAGUCAUUUCAGAUGCUGACUGUAUCACCCCAGUGGAAACCAUCUGUACUGCAGCCACACCAUCUCCGGACUGUCAGAUGAUCCUUCGCCAGUUCUUCAAUGACUCCGGAGUAUUUUGCAUCAAUGUCUCCUUGACCAAUGAUGUCAGUCUUGCUGUGGCGAGUGCCAGAGUCAGUGUAACAGUAGCCUCUGGUGGUUCCCCAGCUGGAACAGCCGCCACUGUCCUGGGUGUGAUGGUUCUCGCCUGCGUUGUCUGUUGUAUUGGUUUGAUGUACAGACGGUUCAAGCAGUACCAGCCUCUCAGUGAAGACCAGAGUGGAGGCAGCUCGACGGUCACAUCUAUGCCUUUGUUGUUGUGGAACUUGUUGAGCCGACAGUCGCCAGGAGAAAGUCGUCCGCUGCUUCAGGGGAGGAUGGUGUGA